GAGCUGGAUGAGGGAGAGACAGAGAAGGUGGAGUGUAGGCUACAGACAGCACAGACAUAGCGGGGUCCAGGGCUCUGAUUCUUCUCGGCCCGGUGGCUGACUUUAACGGUCCGUGUACCUCUCUACGAGGUAACCUGGAUCACAAAGCAGGGUCAGAAGAAAGGAGAGCGCAGGAAACAGGAAUGAAAGAGGAAUAAAAGAGACAGCUAAAGAGAAAAAAAGGAGCGACGUCGCAAGCGAGUCACCGAGGAGACAGACCCCCGGUCAGACGAGCACGGAAACACGGAGGCAAAGAGGAGGAGGAGGAAUUAAAGGGAAGAAAGGCUGAUAAAUAUCAAGAGAGAAGAGCUAUUAUCGCUAGGCAGGCAUGGCAGAUGCAGAGCUGGACUUCCAGACAGGUGAUGCCGGGGCAUCCGCCACCUACCCCAUGCAGUGCUCAGCCCUGCGCAAAAAUGGCUUUGUUGUCCUGAAAGGCCGACCCUGCAAGAUCGUCGAGAUGUCCACCUCCAAGACUGGCAAGCACGGCCACGCUAAGGUCCACCUGGUUGGUAUUGACAUCUUCUCUGGUAAGAAGUAUGAAGACAUCUGUCCCUCAACCCACAACAUGGACGUCCCCAACAUCAAGAGAAUGGAUUACCAGCUGAUUGGGAUCCAGGAUGGCUACCUGUCCCUGCUCCAGGACAGCGGGGAGGUGAGAGAGGACCUGAAGAUUCCCGAGGGAGACCUCGGCAAAGAGAUAGAGAGCAAGCAUGAAGCCGGAGAGGAGAUCCUGAUCACUGUUCUAAAUGCAAUGGAUGAAGAAGCUGCAAUUGGCAUCAAAGCCUUGGGUAAAUAAGCCACUGCAGGGGCAAUCGAGAUGCACUGGACCUGUGGGAAAAGGAGGGGAUAUUGCCUCGUCAAUGCUAUUCUCCCUCUUUUUUUCUUUCUUUUCGUCUUUGUUUUUCAUACUCUCUCUCCCUCACUCUGUUUUCUGACCCUCCUUCGGGUCCAAUUAGAACUUUAAUAAAUAAUUGGAAACGGUAAACAAACAUUCUCUAUGUACAUGCACACAUAACGAAACCACAUCUGAGUCUGGAACAGAUGUAAAUAGAUAAAAAAAAAAAGUCGGACGGUCUCUCACUAAUGAUUGAGUAGGUCUACAAAUAUUCAGUAGCUGCCUGCCAUCAGGGAAAAGGAAGGUGGUGAUAAUGUCACGUGUUUUUUUAUAUGUUCCCCUGUUUUAUGAAGGGCUUCAACUCUACAUCUGCAUUGUUCUGUUGCUUGUUCAGUGUGUGUGCCAUACGGGAUUGAAUACUAGGGUUUUCUGUGUGGCACUUUUAUUUUUGGAGAUCUGAACAAGCCCCUCCUGCUGGUUACUUUAUCACCUGUUCAUUAAAAAAGGUUACCAACAUGGCACACCAAGGUUCGGUUUCUUAUUGUUUCUUAACCCUGCUUCAAGAACAAAUUGUCAUCUCUUAAAAAAAAAGUCCAUCCGCUCCGCAGCGGUCCUCAGAGACACUGAUUGUGAGUGGGAUGUAAUUUGGCGUACUGCUGAACUUUGAGCGAUGAUUCAGGAGGCAGAUAAGUUUGGUAUCCUUACUUUGUGUUCAUACAGCAAAUCCAAACUGUGCAGAAUGUCUCCAUGGCCAAAAAAAAUAAAAAAAUAAAGAUGACACAAACUGUU